AUGCAAUCCUCAGACAGAAGCUUGGCAGAUAUGCAAUCUGACAUGCUUUUGGAGAUGUUUGCUUCCUUCACCAUGAUAGAAAUUAUUAUGAGCAUUUCUGCUGUUUGCAAAUGCUGGAAAUCGCUUUCUUCUGAGCUAACAAUGUGGAAAACCUUAGACUUGACCAUGUUCAGAGACUACUUUAGAUCCCAACACUUGGAAAGAGCUAAUGAACGUGGGUUACUAUUCUUCAAGGCUGCUCUAAAUCUUGGUGGCCACAAAACGGAAAAACUUAAGUUUGAUAUUUCACCCGAUAUGAAAGAUGGGCUGUUGGUCUAUGCUGCUGAAAGGUGCCCCCAUCUGAAACACCUUUUUCUUCCAUCUUUACUGUUAUUAACAGACCAAGGGCUAUCGACAGCUUUUGAAUUGUGGGGAAGUACUCUUGAAACUCUCAUUAUUUCACUCUAUACUCGUCAGCCUUCUGCCAGCAUAUUUCAAAUCAUUGGUCAAAACUGCAAGAUUUUGACAGUGCUCAUGCUUCGUGUAUGCGAUCUUGAUAAUCAAAUUUCUUCCACCAUAACCAAUUGCUUACCAGGGUUGAAGGUCUUCGUUCUUCGAUGUGAUGCUACAGAAAAGGACGCCCUGAAGAAUUUACUAGACGGUUUGGCAAACCUUGACGAACUCUACAUCUCCAUCAGUGCCAUUGCACUAGCAACAGACCCUUUUGGAUUAUCCGAAAUUCUGGCACCCUUCCAAGAUGAAUCAAUUGUCCAGAAAGCUUCCAUGCUUCGAGUAUUUCAUUUUUGCCUAGGAACUUGUGCAAAAGUUCUAGGUUAA